GCUUUGUCGAUAUGUCAGCCUGUCUGUCAGCACGCUUAAUUUUAGGCGAUUAGGUUUUUUAAUUCUGGAAAAACUUUAAAGUUGUAUACCUUUUAAAUUCAUCAUCCAUACUAUCAACACAACAGAUUCGUUUUUUAGCUGUGCACACUGUGGACAGUGUGCGCGAAUUAUUCAAUAUACUGCCCAGUCAGGUAAUUGUGGCGGCCAGCGGAGCCAACUGGAAUCCAGAGCAGGCGCUGACGUUGAACGGCGUUGGGCUCCCGAUCGAUUGGGAUACUGCAUCUGUGACAAAUGGCGCUGAAUUUUUAUCAACAAACAACCACAUAAUAAUUUCAAACUACAAUUCCACCACGACGAGGCAACAGCAACAGCAGCCGCAGCCACAGCAGCAGCAGCAGCAGCUAUCAAACGAUAUCAAAACUGAAUUGGAGCAAGAGAAUUUUUCAGCAACAACUAUAGACGCUUUGGAACCGAAGCCGGAAUCGGAUCCGCGCUUGGCAAUCGUACAGCGUACAUUGGACUUCAUUGCAGAUACGUGCAAAAAUCGACAGGUGGACAGUCUGUGGGGCGUUCUGCUGCUGCAGCGUAAACUGAACGAUGUGCGCGAGUAUCUGUUGAGGAUUUCAAUAACAACAGAACCCUCGACUGCAAACGACACGACUGCUUUGCUGGAUGAGAUCGAUUCGAAAAUAAAAGCCUUAUCGUCUAAAAUCGAAAAAGCAACAAGCACACAAAAUCCAAAUCUCGAUCCGAUGGGCUUUGAUAUAUUCAACUGGAUACGUCACUGGUUGCCGAACGGCGGCCGCAAUAGCAAAAACAACAAGGAACCACCCAAUACCGAAAACGAAGACGGCGAACGCACCCGCAAACGAACCUAUCAAGCCUUGACCAACGAGGCAGGAGCUCAUCAUUCGAUCAAAUACCGUCGAGUGGAUAACACAUUUCCCAAAUUUAUGCCGAAUGACGCUGACAAUUAUUGCCACAUGGCAACCGCAAACCAGCGCAAAGAGCAAGAGAACAGCAGCAAUCACAAUGCCUACCAGCCGCAGAAGCGUCUCUCGAUAUUCUGCACACCGCCGACGCGGCAAGUGCAUGUACGGAAUACACAGCCCACUUCUCCGGUGGAUCUGUCCGACUCCGAGGAUCAGCAGCAUAACGAGAGCAACUUGUACCAAACAUUUGCAGAUCGCCUUGGGUCAAGCGGCCAGCCAACGACGCGCCCUGAUGAAUUUGGACGUUCUUCAUCGAGAAGGCACAACUUACUGUACUCCGAUGCCUUGCGUUAUGGCACAAAUGGUUUUCUAACGAACGUCAACUAUCAACGUCCCGCUAGUAGCCUCUCGUCAUCUGAGGCGCGCUUGAAUGGGCACAGCGGCAAUCUGUAUGAAUCGGGCGCCGGCAGAGACAAUAUAAUGGUGUUGGAGGAACAGCGCAAUGAGCACAAUCAGUAUAUCAAUCUCAUCAAUAAUUUAACACUUCAUGAGCGCGAGUAUGCACGCCGUUCCGUUAAUACGCGUGAGAAGGAGAAGCCACCACCGCCGCCGCCGUUGCAGCCGAUAAGCCUUAAUAACAGCGACUGGAUGCGUGCUUAUAUUAAGAACAAGGCCGAAUCCGGCGCGGCAGGACUCUCCGAAUACGCCAAGCUGUUGAAUUACAAUUCAAAGCAGCAGCAGCAACAACAACAGCCGUCUAUCACGUUGGGCAGGAAACCGCCGCCAGCUCUCGUACAAUGCUACGGUCCGAGCAGUAGCUCCACCAUCAGCGCGAAGCUGGAGAAGCCGCUGGUCGAUAAAAGCAUAGAUGUAGAUCAUGGCAAGGAAACGCAUAAAUCUACGCUGAUGCUGCCGCCCCAAACAGAGCUGUCGAUGUCACGCACUAAAGCGCUGCAACUGCGCAACAGCAAAUCCAUCUAUUUUGCUGAUAACUAUACUCACAUCUUCAAUGAGAAAUGUGCGCGAACGCAACAGGAGGUGAACCAUGCUAAGAAUCUUGUUUUGCAGGAAGCUGAAAAGACAACAGAGGAACGUCGAGCUUUUGAGCAAGGGCUGCGUGAGAGCUUAUCCAAGCGACGCUUUAUUAGUCAGACAUUAUUUGUGUUGGACAAAUAUCCACUGGAGAAAGAUAGCGAACCAGAAUUUAUUCCAUGGACUGAUGCCCAUCAGCAGCGCUAUAAUGAACUGGUAUACGGCAAAGCCGACCAGGUGCUUAUUUCGAAGUUCAGCCUUAGCAUUACUAGAAACGAUAUUCGCACCUUGGCUGGCAGUUCUUGGCUGAACGAUGAAGUUAUUAACUUCUAUAUGAAUCUAUUAACUGAUCGCUCUCAGCGCAAGGAGGGCAAACUGCCCAGCGUGUAUGCGAUGAAUACGUUUUUCGUUCCACGCCUAUUGCAGGGCGGCUACAGCAAUGUGAAGCGCUGGACUCGCAAGGUCGAUAUAUUCAGCAAGGAUAUAAUUCCGGUGCCAGUGCAUGUCAGCAACGUGCAUUGGUGCAUGGCCAUUAUUCACAUGAAGAACAAAACUAUUCGCUAUUAUGAUUCAAUGGGAAAGCCCAAUUCGGAGGUGUUGAACGCACUUGAGAACUACUUGCUCGAGGAGUCGCUGGACAAACGCAAGAAGCCCUUCGACACCAGCGACUUUACAAUUGAAAAUGUCCAAAAUGUGCCCCAUCAGACCAAUGGCAGUGAUUGCGGUGUAUUCAGUUGCAUGUUUGCCGAGUACAUCACACGCAAUAAGCCGCUCACUUUCUCGCAGGAGCACAUGGAGUACUUCCGCAAGAAAAUGGCCCUUGAGAUUUGUGGCGGCGAACUCUGGAUGUAAACAGAGGAAGAGAGAUGCCCAGCAAGUAAUACCCAACAUUAUCAUUAAUUAAGUUAGUUUCCAUCAAGUUUUUUAUUUAAAAUAAUUUAUUUAUUAUUGAUAAUUAUGUGUGUACGAUAAGUGGCCGGGAGCAUUCUUAACAAGGAUCUUAGAAUCUAAUGUUUCCUUUUAGUUUUUUUGUUUUUAUCUUUCUAUCGAGCGUACUAUAAUCCGUCUAUCCCUUUUCAAACAAAAUACAGUUACAGUUAUUUCAGUUUUGCAUCUUAGAGACAGAGGUCAAACGCCUAAGCUGCUAAACAAUGCACACCUAACAGCAGUAACAGAAACACUAAACUAGAUAUAAACGAAAUACUCCUAUGAUUGUAGCACACGAUAAUUAAAUCAAUUCGUGUAAUAAAAAGAGGAAACUAAACCACGAUUAUGCCAAUGUCUAUUUUUGGGUGUGAUUCUAGCGCGCUAUUAAUUUGUAAUUAAUUUCAGCUAUAGAAAUUAAGGUCAACUAUUUAGAAACACAAAUUUUAAAGAGCUAUAUAUCUAAAUGCAAUGUUAAUCAGAUCCUGUAGAUAGCAGCGCUAUAGAUAUCUACGUAGCUGUCUCUAUAUCUCUGCCGAAUCUAAAUAUGGCAAAGUUACUCUUUAAGUAAUUUGAAGAGCGACACAAAUAGUGAGGGGUGUCAUUGAUCUUAUCAUCAAUAGUGUUAGACUCCAGGCGAUUCUUUGUAUUUUGAAUGAAACAGAAAGAGAGGGAGAGAGACAGCGAGAGAGAAUUGCAAACUAUUCCUUUUUACUUACGCUAAGAUACUUACCCAUAGAAUCUUACAAUUCUUUUAAAAGUAAAAAAAAUCCUGAAAAAUAUCAAUAGCUUAAAGCGAGUUUAAAAUCUAUUGCUUAAUAUAAAAAGAUCCAGACUAUUUCUAAACGAUGAUACAAAAACUGAAAU